AUGAAGAUCACGAAUGCGUGUGCUGCUCUGCUGAGCAAUUAUGAAGUCAUGGCACUAUUAGAUGAACGCCAGAAUAUACAAAUAGAACUCCAACGGAAUGAUGCCUCGAUUGAAUAUCCUGAAAAUUUACGCACCAUUCAAUUUGAAGUGACCGAAUAUUUGAAGACCUCUCCCUGCAGUACUCAAACACCUGCUCAACUAAAGGAUUUUUUGGAUGCUCUUAAACCUUUUAAACUUACUCGGGCAGAAAGGCUUCAGAUUCUUAAUUUGAGACCCAAGAGCGCAGUUGAGAUUUACUUGAUCAUUGAAGAGUGCGAAGAGCGAUUCUCUGAAGACGAUCUGGAAAAUAUGCUCAAUAUUAUCAUAACUACGCUGCCACGAGAUGAUGACGAAGUUGAGGAAGAGGAAGCAGAAGAAGGUGAAGAAGGCGAACCUAUGGAACAAUACGAUUGA